GAAUAAGCAAAUAAAGAUGUUGUAGGAGGGUUUAGGAGCAGUAGAAGAUGUAGAAGACCAUGGUGGAAGGAGCAGUAGUAGUAGUAGUUUCUUUCUCUCUCUCAUUCUUCAACAUGCCCACCAAAGGAACCCACUGAAGCAAAACAAUCAUCAUGAAACACCCUCAACACCAGCACUCUCAAAAAGCUUCUUCUCUCACCAUCAAAACCUUCCUUCCCUUAAAUUUACCUCUGUUAACACAAAAUCUCUCUCAAACAAAAUCAAAAAGAUCCCCAGAACCAUGAAACCUCAUUUUCUUUUCUUCCUUUUGUUCUUCUUCUUCUUCUACUUAGACCAAACAUUCAUACUUGUCUCUGCUGUUUCUCUACCUCUCCCACUUUAUUCUCUGCUUUCCCUCAAGUCCUCCUUCAAAGACCCACUCUCAACCUUCCAUGAUUGGGACCCAACCCCGGCCUCCUCCAACCCUGAAUCACCAGACCCGAUUUGGUGUUCAUGGUCUGGCAUCAAAUGCAACCCCAAAACAGCUCAAAUUACAUCUCUUGAUCUCUCUAACCGCAGUAUUUCAGGUGUUAUUCCUGUAGAAAUUCAUUACUUAUCAGCAAGCUUAGUUCACCUCAAUUUGAGCAGAAAUGCCUUUGAUGGGCCACUCCAACCUGCCAUUUUCAAACUAAAUCAACUUAGGAUCCUUGAUAUUAGUCAUAACAACUUCAACUCAACAUUUCCACCCGGGAUAUCCAAGCUCAGGUUCUUAAGAGUCUUCAAUGCAUACAGUAACAGCUUCAUUGGUUCGUUACCGGAGGAGUUUGCCCGGUUACGGUUCCUGGAGCAACUCAAUCUGGGAGGAAGCUACUUUGAUGGAGAUAUUCCAGCGAGUUACGGAAAUAUAUCCAGGUUGAAGUUCCUCUUCUUGGCAGGAAAUCAAUUGGCAGGGGUAUUGCCACCUCAGUUAGGAUUCUUGACAGACCUUGAGCACAUGGAGAUUGGGUACAAUCAGUUUUCAGGCGAAGUACCGGUGGAAUUCGCAUUGUUAUCAAAGCUUAAGUACUUGGACAUCUCGAAUUGCUCUAUCUCUGGUACUCUUCCGCCAGUGCUUGCAAACUUGACGAUGCUUGAGAACUUGUUGCUCUUCAAGAACAAAAUUACAGGCGAAAUUCCGGUGAGUUACACAAAUUUUAAAGCUCUCAAAGCUCUGGAUUUAUCAGAUAAUGGUCUUUCAGGUACAAUUCCAGGUGGAAUGGGUUCUUUGACAGAGCUAUUUGAAAUUAGGCUAAUGAACAACAAUUUAACGGGAGAGGUACCGUAUGGAAUCGGCAAUUUGAGUAACCUCACCACCUUAUAUCUCUGGAACAACUCGCUCACCGGAAUCCUCCCUCAAAAGCUCGGCUCCAAUGGGAAGUUACAGGCGGUCGAUUUGUCGUCUAACUCUCUCACUGGACCAAUUCCUCCAAAUAUCUGUCUCGGAAAUCAACUCUACAAGCUCAUACUCUUCUCCAACAGUUUUAAUGGAAGCCUUCCUGAGUCGCUAACAAACUGCACUUCCCUCUGGAGGUUUCGGAUCCAAAAUAACCAGCUUAACGGAUCCAUACCCAACGGGUUCGGACUCUUACCAAACCUAACUUACGUGGACCUCAGCAAGAACAACUUCACCGGUCCAAUACCUGAAGACCUCGGAAACGCACCGCGUCUCCAAUUCUUGAACGUCUCCGAGAAUAGUUUCGGAACGGAUUUGCCUGACAACAUAUGGAAAGCGCCGAAUCUGCAGAUUUUCACCGCUAGUUUGAGCAACCUUAUCGGCGAAAUCCCGGACUUCGUCGGGUGUGGCAGCGUGUACAAGAUCGAAUUGCAAGGAAACUCGUUGAAUGGUACCAUUCCUUGGGACAUCGGCCACUGCGAGAAGCUUUUGUCACUCAAUUUCAGCGGCAAUACUCUUUCAGGUAUAAUUCCGAGGGAGAUAUCAACGCUUCCGUCGAUCACCGAGGUGGACCUCUCGCACAAUCUCUUGAGCGGUACAAUUCCGUCCAAUUUUGCAAACUGUAGCACAAUAGAGAGCUUCAAUGUGGCUUACAAUAUGUUAACGGGACCGAUCCCUUCCGGAGGUGCAAUAUUCGGGAGCCUGCACCCGUCCUCUUUUUCUGGAAACGAGGGGCUAUGUGGCGGAGUCUUGUCGAAGCCGUGUGCGACGGCGGACACUUUUUCAGCCGGUGAAGUUGAGGUCCAUCGAAAACAGCAACCAAAGAAAACGGCCGGCGCGAUAGUUUGGAUCAUGGCGGCAGCAUUUGGCAUCGGCCUCUUCGUGUUAGUAGCUGGAACGCGGUGCUUCCGUUCGAACUACAGCCGUCGUUUCGGCGACGACCACGGGAUCGCGCCGUGGAAACUGACGGCCUUUCAACGGUUAAACUUCAGUGCUGACGAUGUGCUGGAAUGUCUAUCGAUGACGGACAAGGUCUUAGGGAUGGGAUCCGCAGGGACAGUGUACAAGGCAGAGAUGCCAGGUGGCGAGAUCAUAGCGGUGAAGAAGCUGUGGAGCAAACAUAAAGAGAACAUCAGACGGAGGAGAGGGGUUUUAGCUGAAGUGGAGGUGUUGGGAAACGUGAGGCAUAGGAACAUAGUGAGAUUGUUAGGGUGUUGCAGCAACAUGGAGUCCACAAUGCUGCUCUAUGAAUACAUGACCAAUGGGAGCUUAGAUGAUUUAUUGCAUGGGAAGAACAAAGGAGAUAAUUUGGUGGCUGAUUGGGUCACAAGGCACAAGAUUGCACUUGGUGUGGCUCAGGGAAUUUGCUAUCUUCACCAUGACUGUGAUCCGGUGAUCGUCCAUCGCGACCUCAAACCCAGUAAUAUACUGUUGGACGGUGAGAUGGAGGCCAGAGUGGCGGAUUUUGGGGUGGCAAAGUUGUUCCAGAGCGAUGAAUUCAUGUCGGUCAUUGCAGGCUCAUAUGGCUACAUUGCGCCAGAGUACGCUUACACAUUACAAGUUGACGAGAAGAGUGAUAUAUACAGCUACGGAGUGGUUUUAAUGGAGAUUAUUAGCGGAAAAAGAUCAGUUGAUGCGGAAUUCGGGGACGGAAACAGCAUUGUUGAUUGGAUUAGGACUAAAAUCAAGACUAAAGAUGGCGUUGUUGAUGUUUUGGACAACAACGCUGGGGCAUCGUGUGCGUCGGUGAGGGAGGAGAUGAUGCAAGUGCUUAGGAUCGCAUUGCUAUGCACAAGCAGAAACCCUGCAGACCGUCCCUCUAUGAGGGAUGUCGUGUUAAUGCUGCAAGAAGCCAAACCCAAGAGAAAAAUUGCUGGGGCUGCAAUUGUCAAUAUUGGUGGAGUUGACAAUGGUGAUGAUAUUUUGGCACAAAAGGGUACAGUGGAAUGUUAAUAUGGUUAAUUAUAUGGUUUUCUCUUUCCUUUUUCUGAGUUUUUUUUUCUUUUUUUCAAAAUGGUGGGGAUUGGUAUAGGAGAAGUGAUUUUCUUUCUCGCUUUUUUUUUUUUUUUUUUCUUUCCGUUCUUUUUCAUUUUAAGUUGAAUAUUCAAGUCAUGUCUUUCUUCUGUUCUUUGAUGUUGUAUUUCUUAUGGACACUUUAUGAGAUUGAGAGGACGUAGUGAUUGUUAGCGUGCAAAGUAAAGCAGUGUGUGGACCAAAAUGCGGGGAACAAUUGAUGCAGCAGAAGGUAUAAUCUAUUUUUGAGGUUCCACAUGCUA